AUGCCGCCCGCCGCGCCCGCCCGCCUGGCGCUGGCCCUGGGCCUGGGCCUGGGCCUGUGGCUCGGGGCGCUGGCGGGGGGCCCCGGGCGCGGCUGCGGGCCCUGCGAGCCCCCUUGCCUCUGCGGCCCUGCGCCCGGCGUCGCCUGCCGCGUCAACUGCUCGGGCCGCGGGCUGCGGACGCUCAGUCCCGCGCUGCGCAUCCCCGCGGACGCCACAGCGCUAGACAUCUCCCACAACCUGCUCCGGGCACUGGACGUCGGGCUCCUGGCGAACCUCUCGGCGCUGGCAGAGCUGGAUAUAAGCAACAACAAGAUUUCUACGUUAGAAGAAGGAAUAUUUGCUAAUUUAUUUAACUUAAGUGAAAUAAACCUGAGUGGGAACCCGUUUGAGUGUGACUGUGGCCUGGCGUGGCUGCCGCGAUGGGUGGAGGAGCAGCAGGUGCGGGUGGUGCAGCCCGAGGCAGCCACGUGUGCUGGGCCUGGCUUCUUGGCUGGCCAGCCUCUACUUGGCAUCCCCUUGCUGGACAGUGGCUGUGGUGAGGAGUAUGUCGCCUGCCUCCCUGACAACAGCUCAGGCACCGUGGCAGCAGUGUCCUUUUCAGCUGCCCAUGAAGGCCUGCUUCAGCCAGAGGCCUGCAGCGCCUUCUGCUUCUCCACCGGCCAGGGCCUUGCGGCCCUCUCGGAGCAGGGCUGGUGCCUGUGUGGGGCAGCCCAGCCCUCCAGUGCCUCCUUCGCCUGCCUGUCCCUCUGCUCCGGCCUCCCGCCGCCUCCUGCCCCAACCUGUGGGGGCCCCACCCUCCUCCAGCACGUCUUCCCUGCCUCCCCAGGGGCCGCCCUGGUGGGGCCCCAUGGACCCCUGGCCUCUGGCCAGCUAGCAGCCUUCCACAUCGCUGCCCCGCUCCCUGUCACUGCCACACACUGGGACUUCGGAGACGGCUCCCCCGAGGUGGAUGCCGCUGGCCCGGCCACCUCGCACCGCUAUGUGCUGCCUGGCCGCUAUCACGUGACGGCUGUGCUGGCCCUGGGGGCCGGCUCAGCCCUGCUGGGGACAGACGUGCAGGUGGAAGCGGCACCUGCCGCCCUGGAGCUUGUGUGCCCGUCCUUGGUGCAGAGUGACGAGAGCCUCGAACUCAGCAUCCAGAACCGUGGUGGUUCAGGCCUGGAGGCCGCCUACAGCAUCGUGGCCCUGGGCGAGGAGCCGGCCCGAGUGGUGCACCCGCUCUGCCCCUCGGACACGGAGAUCUUCCCUGGCAACGGGCACUGCUACCGCCUGGUGGUAGAGAAGGCGGCCUGGCUGCAGGCGCAGGAGCAGUGCCGGGCCUGGGCCGGGGCCGCCCUGGCAAUGGUGGACAAUCCCGCCGUGCAGCGCUUCUUGGUCUCCCGGGUCACCAGGAGCCUGGACGUGUGGAUCGGCUUCUCGACUGUGCAGGGGGCGGAGGUGGGCCCAGCCCCGCAGGGCGAGGCCUUCAGCCUGGAGAGCUGCCAGAACUGGCUGCCCGGGGAGCCACACCCAGCCACAGCCGAGCACUGCGUCCGGCUCGGGCCCACUGGGUGGUGCAACACGGACCUGUGCUCGGCACCGCACAGCUAUGUCUGCGAGCUGCGGCCCGGAGGCCCAGUGCAGGAUGCCGAGAACCUCCUCGUGGGCGCGCCCAGUGGGGACCUGCAGGGACCGCUGACGCCUCUGGCACAGCAGGACAGCCUCUCAGCCCCUCACGAGCCCGUGGAGGUCAUGGUAUUCCCGGGGCUGAGUCUGAGCCACGAAGCCUUCCUCACCACAGCUGAAUUUGGGACCCAGGAGCUCCGGCGGCCCGCCCAGCUGCGGCUGCAGGUGUACCGGCUCCUCAGCACAGCAGGAUCCCUGGAGAACGGCAGCGAGCCCGAGAGCAGGUCCCUGGACAACAGGGCCCAGCUGGCCCCCGCGUGCAUGCCAGGGGGACGCUGGUGCCCUGGAGCCAACGUCUGCUUGCCGCUGGAUGCCUCCUGCCACCCCCAGGCCUGCGCCAAUGGCUGCACGUCAGGGCCGGGGCUACCCGGGGCCCCCUAUGCGCUAUGGAGAGAGUUCCUCUUCUCUGUCCCCGCAGGGCCCCCUGCGCACUACUCGGUCACCCUCCACGGCCAGGAUGUCCUCAUGCUCCCUGGUGACCUCGUUGGCUUGCAGCACGACGCUGGCCCUGGCGCCCUCCUGCACUGCUCGCCAGCUCCCGGCCACCCUGGCCCCAAGGCCCCGUACCUCUCUGCCAACGCCUCCUCAUGGCUGCCCCACUUGCCAGCCCAGCUGGAGGGCACUCGGGCCUGCCCUGCCUGUGCCCUGCGGCUGCUUGCAGCCACGGAACAGCUCACCGUGCUGCUGGGCCUGAGGCCUAACCCUGGGCUGCGGCUGCCUGGGCGCUAUGAGGUCCGGGCAGAGGUGGGCAAUGGCGUGUCCAGGCACAACCUGUCCUGCAGCUUUGACGUGGUCUCCCCAGUGGCUGGGCUGCGGGUCAUCUACCCUGCCCCCCGCGACGGCCGCCUCUACGUGCCCACCAAUGGCUCAGCCUUGGUGCUCCAGGUGGACUCUGGUGCCAACGCCACGGCCACGGCUCGCUGGCCUGGGGGCAAUGUCAGCGCCCGCUUUGAGGCUGCAUGCCCUGCCCUGGUGGCCACCUUCGUGCCCGGCUGCCCCUGGGAGACCAACAAUACCCUGUUCUCAGUGGUGGCACUGCCGUGGCUCAGUGAGGGGGAGCACGUGGUGGACGUUGUGGCAGAAAACAGCGCCAGCCGGGCCAACCUCAGCCUGCGGGUGACGGUGGAGGAGCCCAUUUGUGGCCUCCGCGCCACGCCCAGCCCCGAGGCCCGUGUACUGCAGGGAGUCCUAGUGAGGUACAGCCCCGUGGUGGAGGCCGGCUCGGACAUGGUCUUCCGGUGGACCAUCAACGACAAGCAGUCCCUGACCUUCCAGAACGUGGUCUUCAAUGUCAUUUAUCAGAGCGCAGCGGUCUUCAAGCUCUCACUGACGGCCUCCAACCACGUGAGCAACGUCACCGUGAACUACAACGUCACCGUGGAGCGGAUGAACAGGAUGCAGGGCCUGCGGGUCUCCACAGUGCCAGCCGUGCUGUCCCCCAAUGCCACGCUGGCACUGACAGCGGGCGUGCUGGUGGACUCGGCCGUGGAGGUGGCCUUCCUGUGGACCUUUGGGGAUGGGGAGCAGGCCCUCCACCAGUUCCAGCCUCCGUACGACGAGUCCUUCCUGGUUCCAGACCCCUCGGUGGCCCAGGUGCUGGUGGAGCACAAUGUCACGCACAUCUACGCUGCCCCAGGUGAGUACAUGCUGACUGUGCUGGCAUCCAAUGCCUUCGAGAACCUGACGCAGCAGGUGCCUGUGAGUGUGCGCGCCGCCCUGCCCUCCGUGGCUGUGGGUGUGAGCGACGGCGUCCUCGUGGCCGGCCGGCCCGUCACCUUCUACCCGCACCCGUUGCCCUCGCCCGGGGGUGUUCUUUACACGUGGGACUUUGGGGAUGGCUCUCCCGUCCUGACCCAAAGCCAGCCGGCUGCCAACCACACCUACGCCUCGAGGGGCACCUACCACGUGCGCCUGGAGGUCAACAACACGGUGAGCGGUGCGGCGGCCCAGGCAGACGUGCGCGUCUUCGAGGAGCUCCGCGGGCUCAGCGUGGACAUGAGCCUGUCCGUGGAGCAGGGCGCCCCCGUGGUGAUCAGUGCCGCGGUGCAGACGGGCGACAACAUCACGUGGACCUUCGACAUGGGGGACGGCACCGUGCUGUCAGGCCCAGAGGCCACAGUGGAGCAUGUGUACCUGCGGGCGCAGAACUGCACAGUGACUGUGUGUGCUGCCAGCCCCGCCGGCCGCCUGUCCCGGAGCCUGGACGUGCUGGUCUUCGUCCUGGAGGUGCUGCGCAUCGAGCCCGCCGCCUGCAUCCCCAUGCAGCCUGAUGCGCGGCUCACAGCCUACGUCACCGGGAACCCGGCCCACUACCUCUUCGACUGGACCUUUGGGGACGGCUCCUCCAACACGACCGUGCGGGGGUGCCCGAUGGUGACACACAACUUCACGCAGAGCGGCACGUUCCCCCUGGCGCUAGUGCUGUCGAGCCAGGUGAACAAGGCACAUUACUUCACCAGCAUCUGCGUGGAGCCAGAGGUGGGCAAUGUCACCCUGCAGCCUGAGAGGCAGUUUGUGCAGCUCGGGGACGAGGCCCGGCUGGUGGCAUGUGCCUGGCCCCCGUUCACCUACCGCUACGCCUGGGACUUUGGCACCGAGGAAGCCGCCCCCGCCCGUGCUGGGGGCCCUGAGGUGACGUUCCUCUACCGAGACACAGGCUCCUAUCUUGUGACAGUCACCGCAUCCAACAACGUCUCUGCUGCCAAUGACUCAGCCCUGGUGGAGGUGCAGGAGCCUGUGGUGGUCACGGACAUCAAGGUCAAUGGCUCCCUUGUGCUGGAGCUGCAGCAGCCGUACCUGUUCUCUGCUGUGGGCUGUGGGCGCCCCGCCAGCUACUUGUGGGAUCUGGGGGACGGUGGGCGGUUCGAGGGUCCGGAGGUCACCUACGCUUACAACAGCACAGGCAACUUCACCGUUAGGGUGGCCGGCUGGAAUGAGGUGAGCCGCAGCGAGGCCUGGCUCAAUGUGACGGUCAAGCGGCGCGUGCGGGGGCUCGUCGUCAACGCCAGCCGCACGGUGGUGCCCCUGAAUGGGAGUGUGAGCUUCAGCACCUCGCUGGAGGCUGGCAGUGAUGUGCGCUAUUCCUGGGUGCUCUGUGAUCGCUGCACACCCAUCCCUGGGGGUCCUACCAUCUCUUACACCUUCCGCUCCGUGGGCACCUUCAAUAUCAUCGUCACAGCUGAGAACGAGGUGGGCUCUGCCCAGGACAGCAUCUUCGUCUACGUCCUGCAGCUCAUAGAGGGGCUGCAUGUGGUGGGCGGUGGCCGCUACUUCCCCACCAACCACACGGUACAGCUGCAGGCCGUGCUCAGGGAUGGCACCAACAUCUCCUACAGCUGGACUGCCUGGCGGGACACGGGCCCGGCCCUGGCCGGCAGCGGCAAAGGCUUCUCGCUCACCGCGCCCGAGGCUGGCACCUACCAUGUGCAGCUGCGGGCCACCAACAUGCUGGGCAGCGCCUGGGCCGAGUGCACCGUGGAGUUCGUGGAGCCUGUGGGGUGGCUGAUGGUGGCCGCGUCCCCGAACCCAGCUGCCGUCAACACAAGUGUUACCCUCAGUGCCGAGCUGGCUGGUGGCAGUGGUGUCGUAUACACUUGGUCCUUGGAGGAGGGGCUGAGCUGGGACACCCCCGAGUCAUUUACCACCCACAGCUUCCCCAUGCCCGGCCUGCACUUGGUCACCGUCACGGCAGGGAACCCGCUGGGCUCGGCCAACGCCACCGUGGAAGUGGACGUGCAGGUGCCUGUGAGUGGCCUCAGCAUCAGGGCCAGCGAGCCGGGAGGCAGCUUUGUGGCGGCUGGGUCCUCUGUGCCCUUCUGGGGGCAGCUGGCCACGGGCACCAAUGUGAGCUGGUGCUGGGCUGUGCCCGGUGGCAGCAGCAAGCGUGGCCCUCAUGUCACCAUGGUCUUCCCGGAUGCUGGCACCUUCUCCAUCCGGCUCAAUGCCUCCAACGCAGUCAGCUGGGUCUCAGCCACGCACAACCUCACGGUGGAGGAGCCCAUCGUGGGCCUGGUGCUGUGGGCCAGCAGCAAGGUGGUGGCGCCCGGGCAGCUUGUCCAUUUUCAGAUCCUGCUGGCUGCCGGCUCAGCCGUCACCUUCUGCCUACAGGUCGGCGGGGCCAGCCCCGAGGUGCUCCCCGGGCCCCGUUUCUCCCACAGCUUCUCCCGUGUCGGAGACCAUGUGGUGAGCGUGCAGGGCAAAAACCACGUGAGCUGGGCCCAGGCGCAGGUGCGCAUCGUGGUGCUGGAGGCCGUGAGCGGGCUGCAGGUGCCCAACUGCUGUGAGCCUGGCAUCGCCACGGGCACUGAGAGGAACUUCACAGCCCGCGUGCAGCGCGGCUCUCGGGUCGCCUACGCCUGGUACUUCUCGCUGCAAAAGGUCCAGGGCGACUCGCUGGUCAUCCUGUCGGGCCGCGACGUCACCUACACGCCCGUGGCUGCGGGGCUGCUGGAGAUCCAGGUGCGCGCCUUCAACGCCCUGGGCAGCGAGAACCGCACACUGGUGCUGGAGGUCCAGGACGCCGUCCAGUAUGUGGCCCUGCGGAGCGGCCCCUGCUUCACCAACCGCUCGGCGCAGUUUGAGGCCGCCACCAGCCCCAGCCCCCGGCGUGUGGCCUACCACUGGGACUUUGGGGACGGGUCCCCAGGGCAGGACACAGAUGAGCCCAGGGCCGAGCACUCCUACCUGAGUCCUGGGGACUACCGCGUGCAGGUGAACGCUUCCAACCUGGUGAGCUUCUUUGUGGCGCAGGCCACGGUGACCGUCCAGGUGCUGGCCUGCCGGGAGCCGGAGGUGGACGUGGUCCUGCCCCUGCAGGUGCUGAUGCGGCGCUCCCAGCGCAACUACCUGGAGGCCCACGUUGACCUGCGCGACUGCGUCACCUACCAGACUGAGUACCGCUGGGAGGUGUACCGCACUGCCAGCUGCCAGCGGCCGGGGCGCCCGGCGCGUGUGGCCCUGCCCGGCGUGGACGUGAGCCGGCCUCAGCUGGUGCUGCCGCGGCUGGCGCUGCCUGUGGGGCAUUACUGCUUUGUGUUUGUCGUGUCAUUUGGGGACACGCCACUGGCACGGAGCAUCCAGGCCAACGUGACGGUGGCCCCCGAGCGCCUGGUGCCCAUCAUUGAGGGUGGCUCAUACCGCGUGUGGUCGGACACACAGGACCUGGUGCUGGAUGGGAGUGAGUCCUACGACCCCAAUUUGGAGGACGGCGACCAGACGCCACUCGGUUUCCACUGGGCCUGUGUGGCUUCGACACAGAGGGAGGCUGGCGGGUGUGCGCUGAACUUUGGGCCCCGCGGGAGCAGCGUGGUCACCAUUCCGCGGGAGCGGCUGGCGGCCGGCGUGGAGUACACCUUCAGCCUCACCGUGUGGAAGGUCGGCCGCAAGGAGGAGGCCACCAACCAGACGGUGCUGAUCCGGAGUGGCCGGGUGCCCAUUGUGUCCCUGGAGUGCGUGUCCUGCAAGGCACAGGCUGUGUACGAAGUGAGCCGCAGCUCCUACGUGUACCUGGAGGGCCGCUGCCUCAAUUGUAGCAGUGGCUCCAAGCGAGGGCGGUGGGCUGCACGGACCUUCAGCAACAAGACGCUGGUGCUGGAUGAGACCACCACAUCCACAGGCAGCGCAGGCAUGCGACUGGUGCUGCGGCGGGGCGUGCUGCGGGACGGCGAGGGAUACACCUUCACGCUCACGGUGCUGGGCCACUCUGGCGAGGAGGAGGGCUGCGCCUCCAUCCGCCUGUCCCCCAACCGCCCACCGCUGGGGGGCUCUUGCCGCCUCUUCCCACUGGGCGCUGUGCACGCCCUCACCACCAAGGUGCACUUUGAAUGCACGGGCUGGCAUGACGCGGAGGACGCUGGCGCCCCGCUGGUGUACGCCCUGCUGCUACGGCGCUGUCGCCAGGGCCACUGCGAGGAGUUCUGUGUCUACAAGGGCAGCCUCUCCAGCUACGGAGCCGUGCUGCCCCCGGGUUUCAGGCCACACUUCGAGGUGGGCCUGGCCGUGGUGGUGCAGGACCAGCUGGGAGCCGCUGUGGUCGCCCUCAACAGGUCUCUGGCCAUCACCCUCCCAGAGCCCAAUGGCAGUGCAACAGGGCUCACGGUCUGGCUGCACGGGCUCACCGCCAGUGUGCUCCCGGGGCUGCUGCGGCAGGCCGACCCCCAGCACGUCAUCGAGUACUCACUGGCCCUGGUCACCGUGCUGAACGAGUACGAGCAGGCCCUGGACAUGGCGGCAGAGCCCAAGCACGAGCGGCAGCGCCGAGCCCAGAUACGCAAGAACAUCACGGAGACCCUGGUGUCCCUGCGGGUCCACACUGUGGAUGACAUCCAGCAGAUCGCUGCUGCGCUGGCCCAGUGUAUGGGGCCCAGCAGGGAGCUCGUAUGCCGCUCGUGCCUGAAGCAGACGCUGCACAAGCUGGAGGCCAUGAUGCGCAUCCUGCAGGCAGAGACCACUGCCGGCACCGUGACGCCCACCGCCAUCGGAGACAGCAUCCUCAACAUCACAGGCGACCUCAUCCACCUGGCCAGCUCCGACGUGCGGGCACCACAGCCCUCAGAGCUGGGAGCCGAGUCACCAUCGCGGAUGGUGGCGUCCCAGGCCUACAACCUGACCUCUGCCCUCAUGCGCAUCCUCAUGCGCUCCCGCGUGCUCAACGAGGAGCCCCUGACGCUGGCGGGCGAGGAGAUCGUGGCCCAGGGCAAGCGCUCGGACCCACGCAGCUUGCUGUGCUAUGGCGGUGCCCCAAGGCCUGGCUGCCACUUCUCCAUCCCCGAGGCCUUCAGCGGGGCCCUGGCCAACCUCAGUGACGUGGUGCAGCUCAUCUUUCUGGUAGACUCCAAUCCCUUUCCCUUCGGCUAUAUCAGCAACUACACCGUCUCCACCAAGGUGGCCUCGAUGGCGUUCCAGACACAGGCCGGCGCCCAGAUCCCCAUUGAGCGGCUGGCCUCAGAGCGCGCCAUCACCGUGAAAGUGCCCAACAACUCGGACUGGGCUGCCCAGGGCCACCGCAGCUCCGCCAACUCUGUUGUGGUCCAGCCCCAGGCCUCCGUCGGUGCUGUGGUCACCCUGGACAGCAGCAACCCUGCGGCCGGGCUGCACCUGCAGCUCAACUAUACGCUGCUGGACGGCCGCUACCUGUCUGAGGAACCGGAGCCCUACCUGGCAGUCUACCUGCACUCGGAGCCCCGGCCCAACGAGCACAACUGCUCGGCCAGCAGGAGGAUCCACCCAGAGUCACUCCAGGGGGCCGACCACCGGCCCUACACCUUCUUCAUUUCCCCGGGGACCAGAGACCCAGCGGGGAGUUACCAUCUGAACCUCUCCAGCCACUUCCGCUGGUCGGCGCUGGAGGUGUCCGUGGGCUUGUACACGUCCCUGUGCCAGUACUUCAGCGAGGAGGACAUGGUGUGGAGGACAGAGGGGCUGCUGCCCCUGGAGGAGACCUCGCCCCGCCAGGCCGUCUGCCUCACCCGCCACCUCACCGCCUUCGGCGCCAGCCUCUUCGUGCCCCCAAGCCAUGUCCGCUUUGUCUUUCCCGAGCUGACGGCGGAUGUGAACUACAUCGUCAUGCUGACAUGCGCUGUGUGCCUGGUGACCUACGUGGUCAUGGCCGCCAUCCUGCACAAGCUGGACCAGCUGGAUGCCAGCCGGGGCCGCGCCAUCCCCUUCUGUGGACAGCGGGGCCGCUUCAAGUACGAGAUCCUCGUCAAGACAGGCUGGGGCCGGGGCUCAGGUACCACGGCCCACGUGGGCAUCAUGCUGUAUGGGGUGGACAGCCGGAGCGGCCACCGGCACCUGGACGGCGACAGAGCCUUCCACCGCAACAGCCUGGACAUCUUCCGGAUCGCCACCCCACACAGCCUGGGUAGCGUGUGGAAGAUCCGAGUGUGGCACGACAACAAAGGGCUCAGCCCUGCCUGGUUCCUGCAGCACGUCAUCGUCAGGGACCUGCAGACGGCACGUAGCACCUUCUUCCUGGUCAAUGACUGGCUGUCAGUGGAGACAGAGGCCAACGGGGGCCUGGUGGAGAAGGAGGUGCUGGCCGCGAGCGACGCAGCCCUGUUACGCUUCCGGCGCCUGCUGGUGGCUGAGCUGCAGCGCGGCUUCUUUGACAAGCACAUCUGGCUCUCCAUAUGGGACCGGCCGCCUCGUAGCCAUUUCACUCGCAUCCAGAGGGCCACCUGCUGCGUUCUCCUCAUCUGCCUCUUCCUGGGCGCCAACGCCGUGUGGUACGGGGCUGUUGGAGAUUCUGCCUACAGCACCAGGCGUGUGUCCAGGCUGAGCCCGCUGAGCGUUGACACAGUCGCUGUUGGCCUGGUGUCCAGCGUGGUUGUCUAUCCCGUCUACCUGGCCAUCCUCUUUCUCUUCCGGAUGUCCCGGAGCAAGGUGGCCGGGAACCCGAGCCCCACGCCCGCCGGGCAGCAGGUGCUGGACAUCGACAGCUGCCUGGACUCAUCCGUGCUGGACAGCUCCUUCCUCACGUUCUCAGGCCUCCAUGCUGAGCAGGCCUUUGCUGGACAGAUGAAGAGCGAUUUAUUUCUGGAUGAUUCUAAGAGCUUGGUGUGCUGGCCCUCCAGCGAGGGAACGCUCAGUUGGCCGGACCUGCUUAGUGACCCGUCCAUUGUGGGUAGCAAUCUGCGGCAGCUGGCACGGGGCCAGGCGGGCCAUGGGCUGGGUCCAGAGGAGGACAGCUUCUCCCUGGCUAGCCCCUACUCGCCUGCCAAAUCCUUCUCAGCAUCAGAUGAAGACCUGAUCCAGCAGGUCCUUGCCGAAGGGGUCAGCAGCCCGGCCCCUACCCAGGACACCCACAUGGAAACGGACCUGCUCACCAGCCUGUCCAGCACUCCUGGGGAGAAGACAGAGACGCUGGCGCUGCAGAGGCUGGGGGAGCUGGGGCCACCCAGCCCGGGCCUGACCUGGGAACGGCCCCAGGCAGCGAGGCUUUCCAGGACAGGACUGGUGGAGGGUCUGCGGAAGCGCCUGCUGCCGGCCUGGUGUGCCUCCCUGGCCCACGGGCUCAGCCUGCUCCUGGUGGCUGUGGCUGUGGCUGUCUCAGGGUGGGUGGGUGCCGGCUUCCCCCCAGGCGUGAGUGUUGCGUGGCUCCUGUCCAGCAGCGCCAGCUUCCUGGCCUCAUUCCUCGGCUGGGAGCCGCUGAAGGUCUUGCUGGAAGCCCUGUACUUCUCACUGGUGGCCAAGCGGUUGCACCCUGAUGAAGAUGACACCCUGGUGGAGAGCCCGGCUGUGACGCCCGUGAGCGCACGUGUGCCCCGCGUACGGCCCCCCCACGGCUUUGCACUCUUCCUGGCCAAGGAGGAAGCCCGCAAGGUCAAGAGGCUACAUGGCAUGCUGCGGAGCCUCCUGGUGUACAUGCUUUUUCUGCUGGUGACCCUGCUGGCCAGCUAUGGGGAUGCCUCAUGCCAUGGGCAUGCCUACCGUCUGCAGAGCGCCAUCAAGCAGGAGCUGCACAGCCGGGCCUUCCUGGCCAUCACGCGGUCUGAGGAGCUCUGGCCAUGGAUGGCCCAUGUGCUGCUGCCCUAUGUCCACGGGAACCAGUCCAGCCCAGAGCUGGGGCCCCCACGGCUGCGGCAGGUGCGGCUGCAGGAAGCACUGUGUCCAGACCCUCCCGGCCCCAGGGUCCACACGUGCUCGGCCGCGGGAGGCUUCAGCACCAGCGAUUACGACGUUGGCUGGGAGAGUCCUCACAAUGGCUCGGGGACAUGGGCCUAUUCUGCGCCGGAUCUGCUGGGGGCGUGGUCCUGGGGCUCCUGUGCCGUGUAUGAUAGUGGGGGCUACGUGCAGGAGCUGGGCCUGAGCCUGGAGGAGAGCCGCGACCGGCUGCGCUUCCUGCAGCUUCACAACUGGCUGGACAACAGGAGCCGCGCUGUGUUUGUGGAGCUCACUCGCUACAGCCCGGCCGUGGGGCUGCAUGCCGCCGUCACGCUGCGCCUCGAGUUCCCAGCGGCCGGCCGUGCCCUGGCCGCCCUCAGCGUGCGCCCCUUUGCAAUGCGCCGCCUCAGCGCGGGCCUCUCGCUGCCACUACUCACCUCGGUGUGCCUGCUGCUAUUCGCGCUGCACUUCGCCGUGGCCGAGGCCCGUACUUGGCACAGGGAAGGGCGCUGGCGCGUGCUGCAGCCCAAAGCCUGGGCACGGUGGCUGCUGGUGGCGCUGACGGCGGCCACGGCACUGGUACGCCUCGCCCAGCUGGGUGCCGCCGACCGCCAGUGGACCCGCUUCGUGCGCGGCCGCCCGCGCCGGUUCACUAGCUUCGACCAGGUGGCGCAGCUGAGCUCUGCAGCCCGUGGCCUGGCGGCCUCGCUGCUCUUCCUGCUUUUGGUCAAGGCUGCCCAGCAGCUACGCUUCGUGCGCCAGUGGUCCGUCUUUGGCAAGACAUUAUGCCGAGCUCUGCCAGAGCUCCUGGGGGUCACCUUGGGCCUGGUGGUGCUCGGGGUAGCCUACGCCCAGCUGGCCGUCCUGCUCGUGUCCUCCUGUGUGGACUCCCUCUGGAGCGUGGCCCAGGCCCUGUUGGUGCUGUGCCCUGGGUCCGGGCUCUCUCCCCUGUGUCCUGCCGAGUCCUGGGACCUGUCACCCUUGCUGUGUGUGGGGCUCUGGGCGCUGCGGCUGUGGGGCGCCCUACGGCUGGGGGCUGUUAUUCUCCGCUGGCGCUACCACGCCCUGCGUGGAGAGCUGUACCGGCCGGCCUGGGAGCCCCAGGACUACGAGAUGGUGGAGUUGUUCCUGCGCAGGCUGCGCCUCUGGAUGGGCCUCAGCAAGGUCAAGGAGUUCCGCCACAAAGUCCGCUUUGAAGGGAUGGAGCCGCUGCCCUCUCGCUCCUCCAGGGGCUCCAAGGUAUCCCCGGAUGUGCCCCCACCCAGCGCUGGCUCCGAUGCCUCACACCCCUCCACCUCCUCCAGCCAGCUGGAUGGGCUGAGCGUGAGCCUGGGCCGGCUGGGGACAAGGAGUGAGCCCGAGCCCUCGCGCCUCCAAGCCGUGUUCGAGGCCCUGCUCACCCAGUUUGACCGACUCAACCAGGCCACAGAGGACGUCUACCAGCUGGAGCAGCAGCUGCACAGCCUGCAAGGCCGCAGGAGCAGCCGGGCCCCCGCUGGACCUUCCCGUGGCCCGUCCCUGGGCCUGCGGCCAGCCCUGCCCAGCCGCCUUGCCCGGGCCAGUUGGGGUGUGGACCUGGCCACUGGCCCCAGCAGGACACCCCGGGCCAAGAACAAGGUCCACCCCAGCAGCACUUAGGCCCCCUCCCUGGCGGGGGUGGGCUGUGGAGUCAGAGUGGACACCGCUCAGUAUUACCUUCUGCCACCUUCAAGGCCUCUGGCCAGGCAGAAUGGCU